AUGGGGAUCCAGGGGCUGCUGCCGCAGCUGAAGUCAAUCAUGGCGCCCAUUAGCGCGGAGGAGCUGCGGGGCCAGACGGUGGCUGUCGACACCUACUCCUGGCUCCACAAGGGCGCUCUAUCCUGCGGCGACCGCCUCUGCAAGGGCAUCCCCACCACCAGGCAUAUUGAAUAUUGCAUGCAUCGGGUUAACAUGUUGCGGCAUUUUGGUGUCAAACCAAUUCUUGUAUUUGAUGGAGGCCUUCUGCCAAUAAAGAGCUAUCAAGAGACGAAGCGGGCAAGGUCAAGAAAGGAAAACCUUGAGCGUGCCAGGGAACAUGAGGCUGCUGGGAACUCACGUGCUGCUUUUGAGUGCUAUCAGAAAGCUGUUGACAUUACACCUAGAAUUGCUUCUGAACUGAUUGAGGUACUGAAGAAAGAAAAGGUUGAUUAUAUUGUUGCACCUUAUGAAGCAGAUGCACAAAUGACAUUCUUAUCUGUUAAUAAACUUGUUGAUGCUGUGAUCACUGAGGAUUCAGAUUUGAUACCAUUUGGUUGUUCUAGAAUUAUUUUCAAAAUGGACAAAUUUGGGCAAGGUGUUGAAUUUCAGAUUACACGACUAGAGCGAAAUAGAGAGCUUGAUUUUAAUGGAUUCACAAGACAAAUGUUACUCGAGAUGUGUAUUUUAAGUGGCUGUGACUAUCUCCCCUCAUUGUCAGGAAUGGGUGUGAAACGAGCUCAUGCACUCAUCCAAAAGCUAAAGUGUCAUGAAAAGGUGAUCAAGCACCUGAGGUAUGGUGCUGUUUCUGUUCCACCUCAAUAUGAAGAGGACUUCAAGAAGGCAAUCUGGGCAUUUAAGUUCCAAAGGGUCUAUGAUCCUGCUACAGAAGAUAUUAUUCAUUUGUCAAGUAAUAUUGCCAAAGGCAUUGCUCUAGGGAACAUUGAUCCACUCACAAAGGAACCAUUCGAGAUCAAACCAGAGUGCAGUGCACCUGCUGUUCAUAAGCAUCCCUUGAGGCAAAACGGAAAUUCAGGGCGCCUAAAAGUAACACAUAAGCAACCAAUAUUGAAUGAAUCUUUGCCUAGCCCUCAAACUCAAGGCUCUGGUACCCCUGAUUCAGUUGAAGAUACUAGGUUGCCAACAGAUCACAUCCAAGCUUCUCAAUGUAGUUCUGAGCAUUUAAGCUCUGAACCUCCUCAAAGUGGCCCAAUCAGUGUUGGCUCUCAGUGUAGCUCUGAGCGUUUCAGCUGUGAGUACCCCCUCGAUGAUUCAGCCAAUAUUUCACCUCAAUGCAGUUCACUUGGUGGUGGUAGUGAUCCUCCUUACAAGGAUACAAGCAUUAAAGACAUAAAGGUUGAGGCUGACUAUGGCAACGAAAAUACAAUACCUACAAGUCCUUGCUUAGCGGAUCAAGAAGACCAGUUAGAUGAUGACUAUGAUGUUGGUACUGGUAAUCUUUCUGGAGAUCAACUGAGGAAAUCUGGCAUGUUGAAGAGAAGAAAGCUUUCUGGCAUCCAAAAUUUCGAAGAUGAAACUUUACAACCGAUUCAUUCUGACGAUAGUCCACCAGUCGUUGAUGAAGGUCAAGAUACAGAUGACCCUGAUGAUACAAAUAUAAGAACUGAAAGAAGAUUUGGAUGCAAUGUUUCCCAUGUGAAUACAUACAGUGGAAUUGCAGAAAAAUCAAUGGAUAAGUUUGCUGCAUUGGUAUCAUCUUUCAGAUACCCAGGCCCCCGUGCCAGUGGCCUUCGUGCUCCUUUAAAGGAUGUGAAGAAUACACUUUCUGUGAGAUCUAUUCUCAAAGCUCCAGAACAAGGCACAUUCAGACGCACAGCAAAGAAAACAGGUCUAGGCCCCACUUCAAAAAGCAGAUACACAAGUGAUAUGGAAAGUGUUGUCAGCCCCCCUGAUAUUAGCGCUGCUUAUAGGCCUAUGAAAACUGCUGCUUCUGAUCUAGACAAAACCACAGGUAAAGCUACAGACAGUACUGAUGGUCCUGCUGAUCUGGGAACGUUUGCAUACACAUCCGUGGCACCUACUGUCUGCUAUCCUGAUCGGAGCAAAUAUGCAGGCACAGCUACGAAAAUUGCAGACAGUCCUCCUGAUCUGAGCACAUUUGCAUAUAAACCUGUGAAAGCUGCAGUCAGACAUUUGAAUGGGAGCAGAUUCAGAGAGACUGCACUGAAAGCAACUGGAGGGACUUCUAGGAGCCAAUUCAAAUAG